AUGUCGCACAUCGACUACGCCCUCUUCGAGGCGCCCGUCGGCUAUGCCGUCUUCAAGGUCGUGCAUCAGGCCGACGCGGUCGGCCUCAAGAUGAAGGAGGUCCAGGAGGCGGCCACAGACCUGGCCAAGUUUGGCAAGAUGCUCAAGCUGGUCAACUUUACUCCCUUUGACGGCCAAGCCGAGGCCAUCAACAACAUCAACGAAGUCUCCGAGGGCAUCUGCACCGACUUUCUCAAGUCCGUCCUCGAGCUCAACCUGCCCAAGACGAGCGGCAAAAAGUCCAAGGUCGUCCUGGGCGUCACCGACAAGAACCUGGCGGGCGCCAUCAAGGCCGAGUUCCCGGGGCUCGAGUGCGAGACGGGCGACACCAACCAGGUGGUCGCCGACGUGAUCCGCGGCAUCCGCCUGCACGCCGAGAAGCUCAUCGAGGGCCUCAACGCCGGCGACAUCGAAAAGGCGUGCCUGGGCAUGGCCCACGCCUACUCGCGCGCCAAGGUCAAGUUCAGCGCCACCCGCAACGACAACCACAUCAUCCAGGCGAGCGCUAUCAUCGACACGCAGGAUAAGAGUCUCAACCAGUUCCUCAUGCGCGUCCGGGAGUGGUACGGCUGGCACUUCCCCGAGCUCGUCAAGAUUGUCUCGGACAACCUGACGUACGCCAAGCUGGUGCUCGCCAUCGGCAACAAGAAGACGCUGACCGACGAGCGGCUGCACGACAUUGCCGCCAUUGUCGGCGAGGACGGCAACAAGGCGCAGGCCAUCAUCGACGCCGCCAAGGUGUCCAUGGGCACCGACGUCUCGGACGAGGACAUGCAAAUCAUGCUGGGCCUGACGCAAAACGUGGUCAAGCAGGCCGAGAACCGCGGCCAGACGUCCAACUACCUGCAGCAAAAGAUGAACUCUGUCGCGCCCAACCUGCAGGCCCUCAUCGGCACCACCGUCGGCGCCCGCCUCAUCUCCCAGGCCGGCUCCCUCAACAACCUCGCAAAGGCGCCCGCCUCGACGCUGCAGAUCAUGGGCGCCGAAAAGGCCCUGUUCCGCGCCCUCAAGAGCAAGAGCAACACGCCCAAGUACGGCAUCAUCUACCACAGCAGCUUCAUCGGCAAGGCCUCGUCCCGCGACAAGGGCCGCAUCUCGCGCUACGUCGCCAACAAGUGCAGCAUGGCCUGCCGCAUCGACAACUUUUCCAUGGAGCCCUCGACCCGCUUCGGCGAGGCGUUCAAGGAGCAGGUCAACGACCGCCUCGAGUUUUACGCCACCGGCAAGAAGCCGCUGAAGAAUGCGGACGUCAUGAAGGCCACCAUUGCGUCCCUGGGCGAUGCCGUCGGCAAGGACAGCGACGACGAAAUGGCCGACGCCCCUGAGCCGUCAUCCGCCAAAAAGGCCAAGAAGGAGAAGAAGGAAAAGAAGGACAAGAAGGAAAAGUCCAAGGACAAGAAGCGCAAGAGGGACGAGGAAGAGGCCGCGCCGUCGCCCGUCAAGGACGAUGCCGAGAAGAAGAAGAAGAAGAAGCGAAAGUCCAAGGCCGCGGACGAGGAGUAG